AACUAUGUUGGGAUCGAUGCUAAAUGUCGCAAAAUAUUAUUGACCCCAAACAGAAGACAAAAAGAUUCUUCUCCGCAUUUGUGUCAAAAUAAGGUAAUUUAAAGUUACACCACUGACCCUGUGACCAAGUAGUCACCGUAUUUGAAUAUUCUCAUACAAAAAUAUUCAUUUAUGGGUUGAAAGUGGCUCAAAAUUUAUUUAAUUAUUGUUGAUAAACGUAAAGAUAAGAGGUGGCUAUCUUAUUGGCCAGUGAAGUAUGAUAAAUCUCGAUUAUCCAUUCUGUUAUCUCCUAAAGCAUUAUAGUUUAGAAUUGUAUGUACUCUUUGAAUACUAUAUAAAGGGAUCUAUGGUUAAAUCUUCUAAGUAAUUGUAAAUGAAUAUGUUCACCAAGAUAAUUUAUUAAAGAAUUAACAAAUUAGCAAAAUGAUGAUCGCAGCUCAUCCACCUACUCUGAUUCACCAAAACCUUUCUUCUCAAUUGAACCCCAGAGCUCAAGAAGAUUCCAAACAUGCAAGGUUUGACGACUUAGAUUUAGAUGGAUGUAAAAAAUUUUAUGUUUUAGAUAAAAAAGAUAUGACAGAACCAAUUGAAGGUACUGAGGUUGGAACUAUGCAUUAUAUAGUUUGGGAAGGAGAAAAUGCCUCUUCAGCUAAGGAUGAAGAUGAUAUGAAAUUUAUUCCUAAAUUCGAGUAUAGUGUUUUGAAACGUGAAGAAGCUCCAGAUCCCAAAAAGCAUAUGGUAUUGGAAACCAGUACAUUGACCCAACAUAUUCAAAUCUUGGAAAGAAAAUUAAGGAACUUUGAUAAAUAUAUGAUAUUGACAGCUAAAUUAAUUCAUUAUGAACAAAAGAAAGGUGAGUUAAUGACACUUUUAGUAGACCAUAAGGAGCCAAUUGUUGAUUUAAGAGUUGGAAAUGGAGCAUAUGAAUAUUACAGAUGGUGUUUCUUAGCAUCUGCAGAAACUAAAACAAAAUUUUCUUUCAAAUACGUUUUGUAUAAGCUUCCCCAGGAGAGUCCAACCAAUAUGUUUGAAGUAACUACCUUCAAUUCAAAGAAAAGACCAACUUAUCAACAAGAAGCAUUGCAAAUGGAUGAAAGAAUAUCUAACUUCAAAAUUUUGGCUGAGUUUAAGUAUGAAGUUGAUUUGAAAACUUCUAUUAUUAGCUCCUACUUAGUUAUUAAGAGAAGUCUCCACAAUUUAAGACUUACUGAAAAUGAUAUUAUCAAUUCCACUAUUGUGUUCAAAUACAUGGAGGAUUCAAAAUACGAGAAUUUAUCGGACCGCAGUGGAUUAACGAGUAGCAAGGGGGUUGUUUUGCUUUAGAUACAUACAUUGUUUUGAUAGUUUGAUGCUGACAUCUUGCUGUUUUGCAACCGCAUGACCUUCGAUUUGUGUUACAUUUAUAUUAAGGGCUGUGCUCAAAAUUAUGUGGCGACAACGAUGAGAAGUUCUAUGAGGUUUAUUUUUAUGAUUAGUUUAGUU